AUGGCUUCCAGUCACACCAAUCAGCAGGCUGAAUCUCGUCGCGACCGCGCGCCUAACACCUCCCCUAGCGAGGCCGAUCGCCGCAAGCUGCAAGACCUCGAGCUAGCUUUGGCCAAAGCCCAGCGUGAACUGGGGGUCUUUUGUAUGGAGACGAACCAGACCUCCUCCCUUCUUCUUGUCGAGGACGCUACCCAAGACAACGUACAAGAACAUCCCGCCCCGGAAUGUGAUACCGACAACUGCUGUCAACGUUGCGGCAGCCCCUAUGAGUCAGAACCAGUUGCUCAAAGAGAGCACCAAAGCAAUAUCCCCGCAGGUGCUUCCUGUGUGAUCACCCGGGUCCUGAAUGCCGCUCCUCAACUCCAGACGCGUUACACGAACACCACCACUGGUGGCAGCAAUGACGGGGACUGGUACUUAGGGAGCCCUGAGGGGGGUUUAUGGGUGCUCAAAUCAGUGGCUCCAUUGAAGUGCUGGCAGACCGUGUUCGAGAGGACUGGAGUUGCGAGAGAGUUUUCUUCCAGAUGUGACAGAUCUACAACUCGGGCUAUGACGUGGAUACGGGCGAGCCGGCGCUCUGAGUGUGCCGGACGUGGUCGGCUGCUGUCAUAUUUGUCUCCGCUCCAGUUCAAUGCCGAUGGAGGUGGUGUCGCUUGUCUCCUCACCUGUGCAGGGAGGAAGCGAGCAGCCCACGGUCAAUCCGGUCUCUAA